AGACGUACUUUUUAUUUUCAGCCAUUCCUCAUUCAUUUUAUUUUAUUUUCUUUUCUUCUGUAUUCAAUGAUCUUUUUGUGGCACCUGGAAGGAUUUAAUCACUCAGUUCUUUUGAUGGAAUGAGUAUCUUCUCAGAAUUAGGUGGCUGAAAUGGCCCAACCAUCAGUGAUCCUCGCUACGGCCAGCUACGAUCACACAAUCAGGUUCUGGGAAGCCGAGAGUGGUCGGUGCUAUAGGACUAUUCAGUACCCAGAAUCUAAUGUCAAUCGACUUGAUAUAACCCCAAAUAAGAAGUACUUGGCUGCAGCUGGAAAUCCCCACAUUCGACUAUUUGACAUAAACUCCAGUGGCCACCAACCUAUCAUGAGCUAUGAUUCACAUACCAACAAUGUCACAGCAGUGGGGUUUCAAUGUGAUGGAAAUUGGAUGUAUUCUGGUUCUGAAGACGGCACGGUAAAGAUUUGGGAUUUGAGGGCUCCAGGGUGUCAACGGGAAUAUGAAAGCCGUGCAGCUGUUAACACCGUUGUCCUGCAUCCAAAUCAGACAGAACUAAUAUCUGGAGACCAAAAUGGAAAUAUUCGAGUUUGGGAUUUGAUAGCAAAUUCAUGCAGCUGUGAAUUGGUACCAGAAGAAGAUACAGCUGUGCGCUCUCUAACUGUAAUGUGGGAUGGGAGCUUGGUUGUGGCUGCAAAUAAUCGUGGAACAUGCUAUGUCUGGCGCUUGCUGCGAGGGACCCAGACUAUGACCAAUUUUGAGCCGCUUCAUAAACUUCAAGCACACAGUGGCUACAUUCUUAAGUGUUUGCUCUCACCUGAGCUCUGUGACCCUCAACGAUAUCUGGCUACAGCAUCAUCUGAUCAUACUGUUAAGAUAUGGAAUGUGGAUGGUUUCACCUUAGAGAAAACUCUAAUUGGACACCAACGGUGGGUUUGGGACUGUGUCUUUUCUGCUAAUGGUGAAUAUCUAAUCACAGCUUCCUCGGAUACAACGGCCAGACUUUGGACACUGUCAACUGCAGAAGCCAUCCGAGUGUUCAAUGGGCACCACAAAGCAACAGUGUGUUGUGCCCUCAACGAUGGCCCUGAAUAUUUGUCUUCUUGAACCCGUAUCUCAUAUACAAACGUUGAAUAGUGUGGAAAGAGCUGUUUAUUUCUUGCCUUGUAUUAUCAUGGAAAGAAGGGGCAAAGCCUUGCCCUACUGCUUAAUACUGCUUUGCAAACAUAAUGAUUAUUCAGUAUUUUUGCAUUUUUUGACAUGAAUUCUAUACCUUUUA